AUGGGUGGACAAAUUUCCUCCAUGGAGCAUGAUACACGUUUCCAGAGUCCUAUAUAUAAGGACUUGUUGUCAUUUGCUCUUGACGAGCAGCCCGUUGCAUAUGAUGAGCAGAGACCUUUAUAUGUUGAUGCUGAGAAUCCGACGUUGUCCCUUAAUGCGCGUCAAGUGAGACUUUUUGUGAGAACUGUGAUUGCAGGCCUCAAGAAGAGGGCCGGUAUUGAGGCUGGAGAUUGUGUUUUGGUGACUUUGCCGAAUAAUGUCUUAUACUCGUCAAUAUUCUACGGCAUCGUAGGCGCGGGUGGCAUAUACAUGGGCAUCAACCCAUCGAGUCAAUAUGCGGAACUAGAGCAUUUCUUGGAGUUAUCUACUCCCAAAUUGAUCAUCACAGCACCCGCCGGAUUAGGCUUGUUGCAAGAAGUCACAAAAGCCAAGGGUAUAGCACAGAAUCGUAUCUGUGUCUUAGACGACUAUGCCAUUUCAUGUAUAUCAAAGAUCUUGGCAUCGCGGCCGUCAACUCCAGUUGGUGAGGCUAUGCAGGUGGAUAAUAUCAAUUACAACCUGCAUCCAGAAACAAUGAACUUUUCAGCUCUCCUCCGCCAUGGUGAACAAGACUGGAUCAGAUUCGACGACAAGCACCGCGCCAUAAACACACCAGCAGCCAUGUACACCACCAGCGGAACCGGUGGCCUGCCCAAGGGAGCUUUAUUAUCUCACCACUCAAUCAUCAUGCAUCACCAGAGCCUCUACUAUGAGACACCAUACGACACAACACGACUAAUAUGUAUCCCGAUGUUCCAUCUCUUCGGCGCCUUGUUCACGCACAUCUGGCCCAUCCGGUACGGAGAGACUUGCUAUAUCCUACCUAGAUUCGAUAUUGCGCAAUUCGUGCAAACGGUAUAUCUCUACCGCAUUACGGAGACCUUCAUGGUGCCAGCUAUGGUGCAAGCGUUAACCAAAUGCCCCGAUCUUGAAUUAUCGCAAUUCUUCAGGUCACUGCGCUACAUCGGGACAGCCGGGGCAUCGCUCGAUUCGGCGUCAGCAGAGCGCCUAGAAACAAAACUCCAUCCUGAAGCACAGAUAUCCCAAAUAUGGGGCAUGACUGAAGUCGGAGUUGCGUUUCAGAUGAGAUAUGGACACCGCGAUGGGACGGGGAGUAUAGGCCGUUUGUUACCGAAUUAUGAUGUUAAAUUGUUGGAUAUUAAUGGUGUUGAGAUUACGGCCGAUGACAUUCCCGGCGAACUGCAUGUUCGUGGCCCGGGAGUCCUGAUGGAAUAUAAAGGUAUACCAGAUGCCAAAGAUGGGUAUGGCUGGUUUCGGACGGGAGAUAUUGUUUGUGUUCGUGACAGCAUGUACUAUGUCGUUGGACGAGCAAAGGAACUUAUCAAAGUUAGGGGAUGGCAAGUCGCCCCCGCUGAAAUCGAGGGUGUCCUCCUCAAACACCCCUGCAUCGCCGACGCAGCAGUCGUCGGCAUCAAAAAAGAAGGCUCGUCCCACCAACUCGAAGACGAACUCGUCCGCGCCUUCGUCGUCCGCCGCAAAACCACAGCGGCCGCCAGACUCACAGGCGACGAAGUUUACCGCUUCGCACGGCACCAACUCUCAAGCUACAAAUCAAUUACGGGAGGAGUGAUUUUCGUAGAUGAGAUUCCGCGCACGCCCAGCGGGAAAGUACAGCGAUUCAAGCUUGUUGAAAUGUGCGCUUAUCGGGAUAUUGUGUCUAGUUUGCUGUUCUUUAGGCCGCCAGUUGUUGAGAAUCCGGUCAGGUUGACAGCGGUGCAUAGUUUGGGAUUGAGGUCGGUUAGGCAUAGGAAGAGUCGUGUUGGGUCGGCGAGGAUUGAGUUGCGUUCUUAG